GAGCUCCACUUUGUUCUGCUGACAGAGUGUGCGCGCACGGAGCUGCGCGCCGCCGCCGCCGACGACGACGACACGCCUGCGCUCGGACGCUAUGUGGCCCCUGCCGCCGAUCGGGUGGCGGAUUUCGCGCUAAGCGUCUCGAAAGCGUGUUUCGGUAAAUGAGCGCGAGGGCGGAGGAGGAGGAGACGAGCACCGUAAAGACAGGAGGAGAGCGGCUCUGACAGCCCGCAAGGAAGGCAAGCUCGGCCGCCGGCACCUCAGGAUCAUGGAGCAACAACGCACUUUGUGUUGGCUGCGCACCCCGAUCGCGGUCCUGCUCCUGCUCCUGAGCCGCACGGAGCGCUGCGACGCCUUCAAUCUGGACGCGGAGAAGCCCUCGGUGUACUCCGGGCCCCCGGGCAGCUACUUCGGCUUCUCCGUGGAUUUCUUCAAGCCCGAUGACAGACAGUUGAACGUACUGAUCGGAGCCCCGAAAGCCAACACCUCUGCGUCGGCCGUGGUGGAAAGAGGCGCCGUGUACAGCUGCCCCUGGCAGUCGAGCGCCGCGUGCCGCCAGAUCCCGUUUGACACCACAGAUGACCGGACAAAUCCUGAAGGGCUUCAGAUGGAGUUCAAGUCUAACCAGUGGUUUGGAGCCACGGUGCGCUCGGAUGGGGAGCACAUCCUGGCCUGCGCCCCGCUUUACCAGUGGAGCACGUUUGGGUAUGUGGAGCGAGAACCAGUGGGAACCUGCUUCAUCAAGAAGGGAGGCACAAUAGUGGAGUACUCUCCGUGUCGGUCAGCACUAAACACUCCAGAAGGACAAGGCUUUUGUCAGGCAGGAUUCAGUGCUGACAUCCUGAAGAAUAAUAGAGUUGUGGUUGGAGGGCCUGGCAGCUUUUACUGGCAAGGCCAGCUCAUCUCGGACGAUAUCGCUGAGGUUAUAAGCCGCUACAGUAACAGGUUCCACACACCUUACAGUAACCAGCUCUCAACGAAGCCGGCGAGCGCUCAGUUUGACGACAGCUAUCUGGGUUACUCUGUGGCUGUCGGAGAUUUUAACGGCGACGGGGAAGACGAUUAUAUCACAGGAGUUCCCAGAGGCGAGAAGGCCCUUGGCUAUGUCAACAUUCUCAAUGGGAACAACAUGGAGUCCAUGGUGAACUUCACAGGAGUGCAGAUGGCUGCCUACUUUGGCCAUUCAGUGGCAGCGACUGACAUCAAUAACGACGGGUGGGUGGACCUCUUUGUGGGCGCCCCUCUUUUCAUGGACCGCGGCUCCGAUGGAAAGCUCCGGGAGGUGGGCCAGGUGAGCGUGUAUCUGGGUAAAGGAGGCUUCUCCUUCCACGCUUCACGGACGCUCACUGGAUCGGAAGUAUACUCGCGCUUCGGCAGCUCCAUCGCCCCGCUGGGGGACCUGGACAUGGAUGGCUUCAAUGAUGUGGCAAUUGCAGCACCCUAUGGCGGUCCGGACCACAGGGGCCUAGUCUACAUCCACAACGGCAGAGUAACCGGGCCGGACCCCACAGCUUCCCAAGUGCUGGAAGGGAAGUGGGCCGCUUCCUACAUGCCUCCGAGUUUCGGCUACUCCAUGCACGGGGACACCGACAUUGACCUGAAUGGCUACCCAGACCUCGUUGUUGGCGCCUUUGGGGCGGACAAAGCCGUUUUAUACAGGGCCCGGCCGGUGGUCAGCGUUAACACCACCCUGGAGGUAAACCCACAGAUGCUGAACCCCGAGGACAAGAGCUGCAAGCUACCUGGAAGUUCCACACCUGUUUCUUGCUUCAGGGUGAAGUACUGUCUGCUGGCCCAUGGACGGGGUGCCCCCGGAACCCUAAACUUCCAGGUGGAGCUGGUGUUGGAUAGGCUCAAGCACAAAGGGGUCAUAAAGCGAGUGCUCUUCCUUCACAGCAAGACAUCACAGUACUCCAAGAACAUGACUGUUGCCAAUGGCAGAGGACCUGGCUGUGAGGAACUUGAGGCCUAUUUAAUUGAUGACUCUGAGUUUAGGGAUAAGAUCACUCCCAUAACUGUCUUCAUGGAGUACAGCCUGGAUUACAAGACUGCUGCCGACAAGACAGGCUUGCUGCCCAUCUUAGACCAGUUCACCCCUGCCAAUGUGUCCAAACAGGCACACAUCCUACUGGACUGUGGUGUGGAUAACAUCUGCAAACCUGACCUGAAGCUGUCUGUGGUGAGCAACCAAAAACAGAUCUACAUUGGUGACGACAACCCCCUGACGCUGGAGGUGACUGCGGCAAACAACGGGGAGGGAGCCUAUGAGGCUGAGCUGUACGUCUCCAUGCCCCCGCAGGCUGACUUCAUUGGUGUGGUCCGCAACAGUGAGACACUGUCACGGCUCUCCUGCGUCUACAAGAGGGAGAACCAGACCAGAGUGGUGGUUUGUGACUUGGGAAACCCCAUGAAGGGAGGAACUAAACUGGUGGCAGGGCUGCGCUUCAGUGUCCACCAGCUUUCCGAUCAGGACACCUCCGUCAAAUUCGACCUACAGAUUCAGAGCUCAAACCAGUUUAAUAACACAAGCAGUUUGGUGUCCAUCGUCACAAAGCUUGCAGUUUUGGCCAAAGUUGAAAUUCGGGGGGUGUCUGCCCCAGACCAGAUCUUUCUUCCCAUCGCCAACUGGCAGCCCAAGGACAACCCUGUAAUGGAGGAUGACAUUGGGCCCCUAGUGCAGCAUAUUUAUGAGCUCCGCAACAAUGGCCCCAGCACCAUCAGCAAGGCAGUGCUGGACAUCACUUGUCCCUACAAACUCAACGGCGGUGCCGUCCUCUACAUCACCUCAUAUGAAGCAGACGGGCCCAUGAACUGCAGCACAGACAUGGAAAUCAACCCCCUUAAUGUCUCUAAUCCAACAUUUGUGGAGAAGAACAAUACAGCAGUUCCGAGAGACAGGUCAGAUAGCAGAAGACGCAGCCAUGUGCACCAGCGAGACCUGCAGGGAAAGCAGAUGGAGGGAAGCCUGGAGACUCUGGACUGCGUGAAAGCUCAGUGUCUGAGGAUCAAAUGCCAAGUGGGGCGUUUGGAAAGGGGUAAAGGCGCCAUAUUGUUUAUCCGCUCGCGACUGGGCGUGGCCACUUUCCUCCAGCAAGAGAACCAGAACCGAUCCUAUGCUGUGAGGUCCACAGGGUCAUUUAGCGUCAUAGAAAUGCCCUACAAAAAGUUGGUUUCAGAGCUCCCAUCCAACUCCACUGUGGUGAACACAGCUGUGAUCUGGGUCAAAACGGACUACAAACAGCCAGUACCAGGUUGGGUGAUCACCUUGGCUGUACUGGCUGGACUGCUGCUCCUAGCACUGCUCAUCUUUGUCAUGUACAAGCUGGGCUUCUUCAACCGUGUGCGGCCCCCUCAGGAUGACUGCACAGAGAAGGAACAGCUGCAGCCGCAGGAGAACGGUGACGGGAACACUGAUGCCUGAGGCAGCCUCCAAGUCCCCCAACACCCCAUCACUCCACCAAGCUAUCUCCACGUGCGUCAGCGUUGACCAGUUUGAACCUGGAACCCUGCACUCCAAGGCAAUGGCCACUCCUGUCACUGCACUGCUGAACUGGUGGUUUCCAUUUGAGGACAAGCUCAGAAACUUGGGUUUUAACCUAUUUGAACAGAGACUGGACAACAACCGACAUCUCAAGCAAAGUAAAUAAGUCGAAGCGUCAAAGCAAAGUUGGCACUUGACCGCAAAUUGUUUUGACGGCGAUGUUGUUUGAGGAACAGUGCGGUAUGGACCGAGGUGGCUGUCAGGAUGGUCAUUAAUUAUUGAAAACUAUGUUGUAAUCUUAGUACAAUAUUGAUCUCUUGCUCACUUGGAAAGUCUAACAUUGUGGCUCAUUGCGUUUCUACCUGCUGGUUUACUUCUAUGCAUUGUAGUGCACUGAUGUUGUACAGAUUGUAUCAUUAGCACAUUAAUUGAUGUGACCACUAAAAAUACACCAGCCAUUGAAAUGAUGGGCAGAGUCUCUGUUUCAUUGAAGACUACCGCAGUUUUUAUAACUUUUGUGUAUUUAUAGUGAGAUUAAGAAAUAAUUGCAAUAAUUCCCCCCCCCCCCCCCCCCCAUUUAAAAUGGCUACUGCCAAGGGGAAUUUCAGGGCUUUUUGCCUUGAGGGUAUGGUAUUGUCAAAAGUGCUGUAUUUAAAAUUUCAGAUAGGUACACUGUUCCGCCAUUAUAAUUACCCGAUACUAGUCCCUUGUUUAGUUGUUUAGUUUCUCCAGUGUCCUUAACUCACAAAUGUACUUUAUUUAAAAAAAAAUAUAUAUAUGGGCAUUUUUAUAUCUUCUAGAGUUGGAUAUGGAUUAUUGCUGAAAUAUUAACCCGGAGUUUUCAAAUAUAUUUUAAAAAGAUAAAUCAUUGACAAUAAACCAGUAGACUGGAAUUUUUUUUCUAGUGGAAACCAAAUUAACUAAUAUUUUUAGUUGGGACAAGCCUCAACAUUAUUCAGUGCUUUUUAUGCUAACUCCAUGUCCAACAGAAAAGAUGUUUACAGAUUGUUUAGAGAUGAUUGCUACCCUCCCUGUAAAAUAAUAGUAAUAAUAAAGACAAUAACGUGCACAUUAUUUUUCCAAUCUAAUUCAAAGUGUUACCUUGUUUAGUGGUUAUUGUGCAUUUAUUUUGAUAUGUUAUAAAAUGACUUGUUACUGAUUUGAGUUAUUGCUACAUAAAUCCAUUUUUGAUGUGCUCUUAUGCUAGUUUAAAAUAUAAUCAAUUAUGGGCUUUUCUGGUCUUCAUAAUCCUCCAACUAAAGAAGUAGCAGGACACCAUCUUUUAUUUUAAUCAAAUGCGGAAAAACCAUGUUUUUCGAAAAAAUAUAAUCUUUCAUUUUAUAAUACAUAAGUAUAAUAAGUGAGGAAAUGUCCCCCGCAAUGUUAAAGCAAGCCUGUGUGUAAUUCUGAGUAUAAUUCCCAAUAUUUUUAGCUCCCCCAAUACCUGGCAAGUUCUUACAAUGCUGAUACUGUAUGUAAAAUUUUAUCCAACUGAAACUCUAGUGAAAAUAUUUUUAUACUUAACACAAGUUUAAUCAGUUGCAAAAUACAACUUUGUACAUGCUGUUCAAAGACAAAAUAGAUUAAGAAUGGGGAUGAAAAUAGGCAGUUGUGGUUCCAUGUCAUGAGGCACAUCUGCAGUCAGUGAUGAGUGGUAAACUUUUGCACAUUUUUUGUGAAAAUAAAACUUCAAGAUCAAACAAAUAAAUGGCUUAAACGGA